AUGAUGAACGACCGCCCUCCUCCGCCGGACGAACCGGACCCGGUCGUCCCCCGCGACCUCAAAGCAAAACGCACCGUGCCGUCACCCCGCAAAGCGGCCACCAUCCGGAGUGCAAAGGGAUCUAUAUUUGGCAAGGCGUCCAUCCCAAGUGUCUACUGGGUCGGCGAUGACCCAACGCCGAUGAACAAUGAAAAGUUUACAUUCUAUCGCGAGGACACGCCGCCGCUUCCGGAUGGCGCCGGCAACGAUAAGGCCGCUCGAACGCGGGGGUUUCGGCAGAGCGCUUUCGAUCACGACGAGGAGGACAGUGACCGCACGAGGAGACGCAAAUGCUGCGGCAUGAAGAUGUGGGUGUUUUGGCUGCUAGUCGCUCUGAUUAUUGCGGUUGUUCUCGGAGUUGGCAUUGGUGUUGGUGUCGGUAUCGGCGCGAAUCAGAAGUCGGACCAGAGCGCUGCAACGACGAGCUCAACCUCAACGCCCACGCCAACUACAGGCGCAAGCUCGACAUCGACAACAAUGAUCGUGCCCACAAUGUCCAGCUCCUCCUCCAUGCCACGGAGCAGUAGCGACGCAACAACAACCGCAACCGCAUCAACAACGAUACCAACCUCGGUUACAACCACCUCCACAUCAACACCGUCUCCGAUAGCAACCUCGAGCGGCAACGCCAUCUGCCCAGACGCAGACAAUACCGUCUACAACGUCAUCGGCUCCGACAAGCGCUUCCUCCGGCUCUGCGGGCUCGACUACAGCGGCGACGACGGCGCCAUCGACAUGUCCAACACGCAGGCGAGCACGAUGGGCGACUGCAUGGAGAUUUGCGCAAAGUCGGCCCAGUGUACCGGCGUAUCGUGGGGCAACGUCAUGAUCAAUGGCGCCGCGGAACUUCGGUGCUGGUUGAAGAGAGACUUGAAAAAGUCGCACUCGGCGGUGGAGAACUGGAAUUUUGCCGUCUUGUUAUGA